AUGAGAGGAACAAAUUCUCAAACUCAAAUGGAUUCAUGUCUUUCCAUCCACUCGCCGGAAUCCUCCUUCAGCUCUUCGCUGGAGUUCUCGCAUGGGGACAGCAGUCGCCUUCACUCAACCAAUUCUCUCCCCUUCAAUGAAAACGAUUCCGAAGAGAUGCUUCUUUUUGGCCUCCUGAUAACCGGCUUCGACACCACAUCCUCUGACGAAGUUACCUCAAAAGCUUUGAAAGCACCCAAUAAAGUCACCGCAUUCAGAGGCGUUAGACGGCGGCCUUGGGGGAAAUUCGCGGCGGAGAUAAGGGAUUCCACGAGAAAUGGUGUGAGGGUUUGGUUGGGUACAUUUGAUAGUGCAGAAGCAGCUGCGUUGGCUUACGACCAGGCUGCUUUGUCUAUGAGGGGAUCAUCGGCGAUUUUGAAUUUUCCGGUAGAGAGGGUGAGGGAAUCUUUGUGUGACAUGAUGGGUAGCAAACCGGCAGCAGAAAGUGGUGGAUCGCCGGUGAUGGCGUUGAAGAAGAAGCAUUUGAUGAGGAGAAGAGCUGCGAGUAAGACGAGCAGAAGAAAGAAGGAAGAAGAGAAGGUGGUGUUUGAGGACUUAGGGGUUGACUAUUUGGAAGCAUUGUUGACUUCUUCAAUAGAGAACGCCAAUUAA